CCUCUGUCCAUAUUUUACAGAAGUCAAGUCCAUUCUCAGAGAGAGAGAGAGAGAGAGAUGGAUGGGAGAGAAUUGAAGGCAGAAGAAGAAGAAGAAGAAGAAGAAGAAGAGCAUGAGAUUGUGAUAGUCGGCGGUGGGAUUUGUGGUCUUGCCACCGCCCUUGCUCUACACAGGAAGGGUGUGAGAAGUGUGGUUCUGGAAAGAUCAGAGACAUUGAGGGCAACUGGUGCAGCUAUUGGGAUCUUGACUAAUGGUUGGCUCGCCCUUCAUCAGCUUGGCCUCGCUUCUCUUCUCAGACAAUCUUCUCUUCCUUUUCAGCGGGCUCGAGAGGUAUGGCUUGAUAAGGGUUCAACCAAAGAAACAUCAUUUGGGCAUGGUGAAACUCGAUGCUUGAAGCGGAGUGACCUUAUCAAUACACUAGCAGACGCUUUGCCACCACAUACAAUACAUUUUGGGUGCCAGAUAGUAGGCGUUAAGCUGGAUCCUUUAACUUCCUAUCCAAUUCUCCAACUUCUUGAUGGCAGGUGUAUUGUUGCCAAGGUUUUGAUUGGAUGUGAUGGAACAAAUUCGGUGGUAGCUGACUUCCUCGAGUUAAAACCCCCAAAAGCAUUUCCCCUGUCUGCUGUGAGAGGUUUGACGAAGUAUCCAAGUGGCCAUGCAUUUGCCCAUGAAUUUGUCCGAAUGAGGAGGAAUAACAUUAUGGUAGGAAGAGUUCCAAUUGAUGAUAAGUCAGUCCACUGGAUGGUGGGUCAACAAUCCACUCCUAAAGACGCCAGGGCUUUACAAAAUCCAGACCUUAUUAGACAGUCAACCCUACCCUCAAUCGAUGGUUUCCCACCUGAAAUUCAACAAAUGAUCGAAGACAGUGACGUAGAAUCUUUAUCUCUCACGCGCUUGAGAUAUCGUGCUCCAUGGGACUUGCUAUUGGGAAAAUUUCGAAAAGGAACAGUAACAGUAGCUGGGGAUGCAAUGCAUGCUAUGGGUCCAUUCCUUGGACAAGGUGGUUCGGCAGGUUUGGAAGAUGCUAUUGUUCUCGCUAGAUGUUUGUAUCAGAAACUUAGUGAAGUUGAUCAAAUCCAAAGCCGAAGUCAGAUGAUGAUGCAUAAAGUUGGAGAAGCAAUGGAUCAGUAUGUGAAAGAGCGGAGGAUGAGGGUGGUGCGAUUGUCGAUGCAAACUUAUCUCACUGGUUUGCUAGUGGGACCUUCAUCAAUGUUGGUGAAAUUGGCUAGUAUUGUUCUGAUGGUUAUUUUCUUUCGUAAGCAAAAUGAUCAUUCUAGGUAUGAUUGCGGUCCCUUGUGAUGUAGAAACUUUGCUAUAUAAAUUGUUUUCGUUGUUGCUUCUAUUGCUGUUACUCUACUACACUCCUUAUUUAUGUAUGUAUUGUGAAAUCAUUGUUCUACAUUUAAUUAAGUAUUUCUGCAAAUGUUUUGCUAUA